AUGGACAAGGCCCCAACAUCUGCAGCUUCUUCACCGAAGGCCAGAACGACCGAGCCUGGUUCGCCCCAGUCGCCCGCUGCGCGCGACGCGGUGAACCAGGAGGGACAUCCGAGUCCGGUCGAAGAUGUCGGCUCCCCAUCGAACGCCAGUCCCGGUGCUGUGCACCAGGAGCCCGGUUCCCCAGCAGCGACGACGUCGGCGCCGGCGUCGUCACCCAAGGCUCACGCCGCGGCGGCUUCAAGGGAGGAGAACACCUCCCCCGCUGCUGCCCUGAUGGACACCGAGGCCCCGCCGUUGCCCUUGGACUUGAAUGCUGCCGCGGAGGAGGGCGAGGAACAAGCAGAGACAACCGAGGCAGCUGCCGCCACCGCUCUCAUCCCGAUCAUUCAGGAGCAGCAGAUGCACGCUUGGAGCGAAGCGGGAAGUAUCGCUCAACACACGUUUUCGCAACUGGAAACGUUGCGCAUGAGAGCAGCUUUAAAAAGGGAAGAGGCCAGAGUGGAUGCAAGACGCCGCCAGGACAUCGCUGCCUCAGCGGGCGUCCGCGAGGUUUCUGCCACGGACGAGAACUGGGACGCCCCUGCUCCGCCGACGGCCGAGGCACAGGAAAGCGGCUGGGAUGAUGACGAUCCUGCGGAGGGCCAGGAGUGCCUCCGCCACGUGGAGUACGACCUCCGGGUGGUUCGGCCCGAGGAUGCUGGAGGGAAGGCAGCUGGCAAGGCUGUGCAGCUGAGGCUCGGCGCUUUAACGCCGGGAUUCGAUGUACAGGCAGCUGCAGAGGCUGCUUUGCUGGGUGCUGUGGGCCAGGAGCCUGCGUUCUUAAGCUUUGCCGGGCGUGUGCUACCGCCCUUUCUUCCCAUCCACUCUGCCGGCGUCGGCGAUGGAGACACCUUGGUGCUGCUGGCCCAUGCUCCGGUUCUUCCUCAGGAGCCCUCGACAAUUCUUGCAAGAGCAAUGUGA